CGGCGCCCAGCAGCGGCUGCAGGGGGGGAGCAAGGGCAGGGCAGCGCUGAGCCCGGGGCUCGCACGGCCCGCCCCCGCCCGCCCCGAGCCCCGACGGGAGCCGCUACCUGGCACGAGUCCGGGGAGGCGGCGUCGGGGCGCUUCCAGCUCGGCCUGGCCAGGGCCCCCAGCACCAGCACCCCGAAGAGGAGCAGCAGCAGCCCCAGCACGUUGGCAAACACGGCCUCGGCGGGCAGCAGCUUGUACUCCGUCGUCCCGUUCUUCCUGAGGGAACGAGGAGGGGCCCGGAGCUUUCCUUGCCGUGCCCAGCUCCGCCCCAGCCCGCAGGGAGCUGGGCAUCACCCUGCUGCUCCCGAGAGAACCCUCCCCCAGCCCCCCCCAGGGCUCCCAGGCCGCUCACAGGCUGAGGAAAAGCUUCUCGUUGAUGCCUGACACGCAGGAGGCCACAGCCAGCAGGAGGAUGGUGGAGCCAAAGAAGAGGUGGACGGGCUUGUAGAGGGCACGGAGCCAGGCGGGAGCCCAGGGCAGCAGGAAGGCGCUGAAGCCGGCCAGCCACUGCGGGGAGACUGAGGGAAACCUGCACUCCUCCAACCUUCGCUCCACAACCUCCCCCAGGUCCCCGCUGCGGCGAGAGGCGACGCUGAGCCCCUUCAGCUCCACGCCAUGAGCUGCUUCUGCUCCUGGGGAUGAAGGUUCCAACAUGCUCCAGACCAGUAACUACAGCCUGGUGCUGUUCCUGCAGUUCCUCCUGCUUUUCUACGACCUCUUUGUCAACUCCUUCUCAGAGCUGCUGCGCACGGCCCCAGCCGUGCAGCUCGUCCUCUUCAUCAUCCAGGACAUUGCUAUUCUCUUCAACGUCAUCAUCAUCUUCCUCAUGUUCUUCAACACCUUCGUUUUCCAGGCUGGGCUGGUCAAUCUGCUCUUCCACAAGUUCAAGGGGACCAUCGUGCUGUCAGCAGCCUACCUGGCGCUCAGCAUCUCCUUCCACGUCUGGAUUAUGAACCUGCGCUGGCGGGACUCCAGCCGCUUCGUGUGGACCCAAGGCCUCCAGACCCUUUUUGUGUUCCAGAGGCUGGCGGCCGUGCUCUACUGUUACUUCUACAAGAGGACGGCGGUGCAUCUGGGUGACCCUCUCUUCUACCAGGACUCGCUGUGGCUGCGCAAAGAGUUUGCUCAGUUCCAUGGCUGAUUCCCUGCGGCUCUGGGCAACUCACCAGCAAUCCCCACCUCAUGGAUGGCUCCUCCUCCUCCUCCUGCUGCUGGGAGUCAGCCAGAGCCUCGCUGCCCAUCCCAGCGCCGCAGCCUCUGUGGGGAGUUGGAGGGUUUUGUAAGCAGUAAAGAAAUAA